AGGGUAGUCCUAGGCCCGUAGUGGACAAUCCGCCAGCGGGCAGCACGCCCUUCAUUGUGCUCAUGGCAGAGCCCCAAACAAUGCCGGAGGCCGGCGCGUCUGGCGGCAUGCAGGGCCAGGCGAACCUCACUGUUGCCAGGGAAGCGAGGAAGCGAGCAGAACUGGAUGCCCAGCUGCUUGCGAACCGCAUUGCCUUGUUGAAGCAGGAAGAGGAGAAGGCCUGGAAGAAAAUCGAAGAGACUAAGAAGCGUGCGGCAGAGAUUGUGGAGCUGCGGAAGUCGAACGAGCAGAAGUUCUCGGCUAAGGAGCAUUUCUACAAGCAGAAGUGGGAGUCCAUCCGUUCGGCCCAGGCCCAGAACGCUCAGCAGCGGGAGAAGGCCAAGGCGGUGCGCGAGCAAACGCGGCAUGGCCUCAUGGAGCAGAAGCACGUGAACGCCCAGAGCACCAAGCACCAGUCCCAGAGCAUGCUGUUGCAGAAGAAGGAGCGUGAGGCUGCCGAGAGGCAGGCGAACUUGGAGCGGUCUUCCUACUUGAAGCAGAGGAAGGAUGAUGCAAAGCGGCGUCUGGAGGAAGAACGACUGGCGCAGCUGGAGAAGUACCGGGAGGAUUACGAGGCUCGAACAGCGCAGGAGGAGAUGUUGCGAGCACGUACGGAUGCGCUUGUUGCCAAAAUGGAGAAGGAAGAGAUGGAACUUAUCCAGAGGCUGCAGAACACUCAGACCGUGCAGCGCAAUGCCUAUGAGGAGCUGGAGGCUGCCUUGGGUCAGACGAGCCAGCAGAUCUCCUCAUCGCGAGGCCCCCCACGUGAACCCCAUCCUGCUGCUUGAAGAGGCAAAGGAAUCGAAUUCGCGGAAUUCGCGGUUUGUCUGGGCGGCUGCGCCGCAAAAGGCGCUGAAGGGCUUAGAAGCCGCGGCGAAGCCGAGCGUGCGUCAAGUUGGGUCUCGGCCGGGCUCAAAGGCUCACUCAGUGGGCUUGACACCAAGAUUGAGACGAAUCAAACAUGCACGAACAAGUGCGCUCGCAUACCAAUUUUUCACCGAUACAAUGAUACUCCGAACUUGAAUUGGCACAUGCCUUGCAGGGAACCAUCGGCCUCUUAACGGCGCACCUGCCAAGAGCUAGACUGU